AUGAUUUCAAAUAUUUCACGACAAACAUCCAUCUCAUCUUCAUCACAUUCAUCCGCCAAAUCUCACAAAUCAUUCUGGUCAAAGAUCGGCCAUUUGUUCCACUCGUCUCGUAGCAGCAGAUGCAGCAAUAGGAGCAAGGGCAGCACGAAGAGAAGAAGACACAGUGAUUUCUCUCGCCAAACCACAGGCAAUUACAGCAAUUCCACGCUCUCUGAUGAAUCAGUAAAGACGGUUGAAGGCCUGGAUGACCAUUCCUCUUUGACCUCAAGGCGCCACAUCAAGCAAUUAGUCGAUCAAACAGGAAGUGCACCAGCUCCAAUGCUGAUUCCUCCAUUCAGUCCAACUUACUGUAAAAGCAAUGAAUUUCCCUACUCCAAUUUCUACGUAAAGUUGCCUGAUGGUCGCUGGAUGGUGCGCUAUAGAGAUGGUAAUCGUGAUAUUCUUCGCACAGAUAUAAUGGAAGGCUACAUGAUCUAA